GCAGACAAGGAGGGAACCAUAGCAGAGAACAUAUCCACUAGUGGUCGACAAGUUGCGUCGCUGUUGUGAUUGUUGGAGUUACCUGAGAGGAGAGCGCGCCUGAACGAUGAUGAAAGUGGCAACAAUGUGUGUGGUGGCGGCGGCGCUUUUCGCGGUGACCCUAGCCAACCCCUCAGCGACCCUGGCCAGCCCCACCUUCCCCGAGGUCGAUUCUAGCAAGAUACUUCAGAAGAGAGACUACAAGACGCCCGGAGCACCGGCCGACUCAUACAGCUCAGAAGCAGACAAUGGCUUCUACUACUACUACCACCCAGUGGAGGCUGAUGGAAAGAAAGAUGAGAAGUGUAGUAUCGAUAAGCUCCUUGUCCCUCUGGUGCUCAUUACCAUCUUCGUGGGCAUCUCGACCUUCAGUGGUCUCCUGUCACCCAUCCUGGGAAAGUUUACGGACUUGCCAACCAUCACCAUCCCCGAGCUUGUCAUCCCAAAAGCUAGGGACUUGGCAGCCUCAGCUGUCUCCUACAUCCCUUGGGACUCCGUUGAUAGGGUGACACUAGCAGUGACGGAGGCAGUGGAGAGUGAGCAGUGUCUGCCACGCUUGAUGUGUGAGUCUGGCAAAUACGCUAAUGGCCGCAGUACUGCCCUCAGCCUCCUGGAAAUCUUCACCCCACGUAGGCUACAGGCACACAUGAAGAUCUUCAAGGACUCAGCCCUGAAAAACACUGACUGCACCAUCUACAAGUGCAGACAUGCCGAUGGUAACAAGAAGGCUUAAUAUGUGAUUGACAGCACAAGGAGUAGCAACCUGCUGAACAAUAAUAUAUAUUAUUUUCAGUAUAUGCUAGAGCUAGGAGGGAGAGGCAGUCCUCUUUUCUUGUUUCUCUCAGAUACAAGUCGUGAUCUCCUCUUUCAUUUAAAAUACCCUGUAUAAGAAAUAUCACAGCUUGUGACACUGUGUACUUCUUUCUUUUAAGAUCUGUCUAUGAUAAAAGUAAGAUAUUUAAAAGAAAAUAUUUUUGCAUCUCUUAUAACAUAUGUAUUUAUCAUGAUAUUUUGAUAUUUAUUACCAUAUUUAAUUUUUAUGUACCAUUAUGUAUAAAUUCAUGUACUGUACUGUACAGUAACUUAAAAUACUCAACAUAAUGCCCAUGCACUAUGAGAACUGUACUCAUUAUGUGUUCUGGGUUAUAACAUUAAAAAAGAUUAAAGUACA